GAGCAGCCCGCGCCCCGCCGCCCCGCCCCGCGCCCCGCGCCCCCGCGCGCCGCCGCCACUAGUGUCCGGCUGCACUUGCAACCUGCAUUAUUCAAAAUGUGUGCCCAGUUAUAUAAAGUGUGUGGUGCCCUUAUGUGAAAGGAUUCGUUUCAUGUAAAUUUCGGGUAAAAUCAAUGAGUGAUUGGAUCCGGGCCGCUAGUGCCAUGUCUAAAACGCUCGGACUAAAAUGGGAUUGGUCGUCGCUUGACAAGAAAUUUCGAUUCGCUAAUGUGAAAAAGAUUAAAGAGUAAGAAAGAUGGACAGAAUAUGUUUCAGCGAGUGUGUGAUGUGCCUGUAACUAUAGUGUGGAGCUGAGAUGUGUCAGCGAUUGAGAGAACAAUGACCAUCGCAGUCGCCAUGGACAGUAAGGAGGUUAGAGGAAAGAGGCCUUUCAAGAUAUGGGACAGUUCGCGGAGCGUGCGCAAGGGACUCGUCGUCACCAGCUUUGAGGAGUUGAUACAUAGAGGCAAGGAGAAGUUGCAGGUGGUGUCGACGGAGCCGGUGCGGCUGGUGCUGGACAGCGACGGCACGCAGGUGGAGGACGGCGACUACUGGCGCACCCUGCCGCCGCACACCGUGCUGCUGCUGCUGCGCGCCGGCGAGCGAUGGUACCCCACCGGCGUCGACGUCAUCAAGGCUGCGAUAUCGGCGAUCCCCAAGAUCGUGUGCGAGACCAUCCACGCGCUCGAGCUGCACGAUGAGACCCCCUCGUGGAAGAUCAUGGACAACAAGGGGCGCGUCACCGUCGUGCUGCACUGGGACCACCGCGGCGGCGCCUCGCCCGCGGCGCGCUCGCCCGCGCGGCAGGCCAAGCCCGACCGCCGGCCGUCGCUCGUCAUCCAGACCUCGCUGGACCGGCCGCAGCCGCCGCCGCCGCACAUCACCGUCGUGAACCACGACGAGCCGCCGCCGCCCGCGCGCCGCCUGUCGCGCGCGCCCGCCUCGCUGGAGCACGUGCACACGGCCGAGUGCCGCGCCGCCGCGCCGCCGCCGCGCCCGCCGCCCGACGAGUGCGACUUCCACUGCUGCGCGCUGCACGAGGAGGGCCGCCGCAUCGCCGUGCACAAGAGCGUGGCCACCAGCCCCAUCCAGGACGCGCAGCCGCGCGCCUCGCCGCAGGGCCGGCCCAAGGGCCACGUGCGCUUCCUGGACGCUGAGGGCGCGCGCCGCGGCGACCGCGACUCCUCCGAGUCCGAGACCGAGAACACGCUCGUGGAGGACGAGGCCGUCACCUCCGAGAAGUUCCUGCUGCUCAUCGACCAGCUCAGCGUGGACCAGAAGCGCCACCUCACCAUCAAGGACAUCGGCAUCAUCCUGGAGCGGCUCAGCUCCAAGAUCCUGGACGUGGAGCGGCUGGACCGCGAGUCGGAGUCGGACGACUGCUACAACUGGACCAUCAAGGCGACCAUCCGCGGCGACGCGCUGCGCGAGCUCGGCGUCAUCUACAACGGCAACUACUACGCCAUCAGCGAGCACCCGGGCUACCGGGAGGAGAACGAGGAGGCGGGGGACGAGGCGGAGGAGGAGGAGGAGGAGGACCGGCUCUGAUCCGGCCUGUGCGGCGCCGGCGGGGCGCGCGGGCCGUGCGGGGCGCCCGCCGCCGCCGCCGCCGCGCUGCGCCUCGCGCUGUGCCGCGUGGCCGCGCGCUGAGCGCCCCCCGCCUCCGCGCCCCCGCGCCCGCCGCGCGCCGCCCGCACUCGCUGGUGACCAGUGACGUCACUAGCACCGGAAGCCCCCCGCUCAGGCCGCUCUGCUCGUCAAUUCGCGGGCAAAUCCCUAGUUUGUAAUAGCGAAAUUAAUAUGUACCUAAGUAAAACUGACUUCCUAUUGAUCGCAGAGUUUUACAUACCUAAGUGUAAAGUCGCCGGCCGUAUCGUGCCCGUUAUAUCGUAUUGUGUAUGUUCCCGCUCAUGCUGUAUCUUCUAUUGAAUUCCCACGUCAGGGUAACAACUAAAUGUGACUUCGUUAAUAAAAUUAUUCUUGGCCUAAAGACACAAUAUAUUACGUACUUAUACAUAAACCAUACCGACGAGUUUUAAUUUAAUCGUCUGUAAAGACCACAAAAGGGAAAAAAGGCUAGCGAUGAAUCGAUCAUAGAGUAAAAAUAGACUUAAUAAAUAAAAUACUUAUUAACUGUAGUCAAAUUGUACGUACGUACGUUGCAAGAGUUCAUUUUGUACUAAUAUCGACUAAAAUAAGCGGUGGCCAAGAUUUGUAAAGUUGUCGAGGAUAUUCCUCAGAAGUGAAGUGGUCAGCCGGCGGCCCGGCGCUCCGGGCCGGACCCGGCCGCACCACGCUGACAUUCAACAGAGAGAGCACUAAGCAUUUAUAUACAAUAGCUAUUAAUUAAAAUAUAUAAUAAAUUGAACGUUAUAAAGAGGUUGUAUCUAAAAUACGAAUAUACCGGCGCCACAUCCAGCGUGCGCAGCGGUAUUGGUAGGCUAAGUUAAUUCUUGUACUUCACUAGCUCUAUGGUAUUGUAGGACAGUAUAAUGUUUUUAAUUUUUGUAUAGUACUGACCGUGAGGCGAGCUGCUCACGGCUUGUGUAUAAAUUUAUAAAGUGUAAAAUUCGUGUUCGAGGCGAAACGUUAGAGCAUUAAUAAUAAGACGUAAAUUACGUAACGGUGAAAUAAGAAAUAUUAUUGAUUAUUAUUGGGACGUGACUGCACUGUUAUGUGAUGAGUAUGGUUCUGUUGAGCGCGGUUGUGUGGUUGCUUGAGGUUACCCGAGUACAAAUUGACGAGGAAUGGUUCCACUACACAAUAAAACUAACUUAUUAACCUAUGUGAAUGUUGAAAUGGUUUAUAUUCGGGUAAUUUAUUUGCACUUUGCAUAUUUUAUAUAAAAUAUAUUAUAUGUAUGGAUAUUUUGAUGUUUUCCUACGAUAUCUAUAAUAUUAAAACUAUAUUAAAGUUUAUUUAUAGCACAGUCAUUUUUGCUUCAUCUUUUGAUAUUGUGAUUUGUCCGAGAUAUGUAAAAUCAUUUGUAUUAAAAUAAGUUUUUGGUGUAAUACCUAGGAAUAAAUUAAUUUGUAUAUACGGCAUUAUAAAUAUUACUUUGUGGGAUAAAAUCAAAUGGAGGGCGUGGUUGAAGUUUCCGAGUGAAUAUAAAGUGGUGAAUUACAUUGUGUACUUACUGUAAUAAAAUUUGUAGGAAUUAAAGAAAUAUCUCUGUGAAAUCAGUUCAGCAAUAUCUAUGUUAGUAACCGAAAGACCAUUUUAUUAUAUUUAAACGAGUGUAUUUAGUUAAAUAGAAGGUUAAUUGCAUCUUUUCCCUACGAGUAAGACAACUUUCUGGCACAUUAUAAUAUAAAAAGAUUAUUAAUGUAAAAUGUUGGUGAAAAGUUUUCGUAUUAAUCGACUGUUUUACAGUAAGAAGGACUUUGAAUGAAUGUCGACUGUUCUUUGUGGAAACUAUGUUCAUGAGAUAACAAGACUCGCGGCAACGAGAUCGUCAUGAAAUGUGGAAUAAAACUUCAUAAUAAGCUUUAGCUAAACAAGUCACUUUUGCAAGCAUAAUUUGACUGUGACUUACUUAUAAUUUGUUUGUACAGUAAAAAUACUAAAGAUAAUGUUAUUAUAUUACAAUUCGUUACGCACAUUAAUAUGAUAUGUAGUUAAAUACAUACGUUUCGUUUUAAAUAUUUUGUAUGUAUGUGUAUAGGAUUAAUAUUGGGUACCUACAUAUUAUGUAACGACAUAGAGUUCAAUUGUGAUAGUGAAAAAUCAACGCAAAAUAUUAUUCACGUUAUGCAUAGUUGGUUUCCCUAUUUUAUAUUUAUAUUAUACAAAGUUAUUAUUAACCUUCCAUACCAAAUAGAAUCAAUAAAGGUAGGGUAAAUAAGAGCAAACUACAGGCACUAUUUGCAUAAUAACUUCACGAUGCGCGCGAAAUAUCUACUCAAAUAAUGAUGAAAAAAUUGUUUAACCACAUAUUAACUACAUAUUUAGCGGAACCAAAUGUGCAUAAUGUAAACAUGUAUACGUAGUUACUUCUACGACCGAAUAUACGCGACUCUGUUUAACUCAAGUGCAGACAACGCAUCAUACACACAACACUACAUCUACCUUCUAUAAAAAACUUGAUUUACAUAGACAAGCAAGAAUGUACCUACGUCCUACUAAUGUUUAUGAAAGAGGCAAAUGUCUGGCGGCACUCGGGCUAGCACUCAGGAUCCAGGUCUCAAGUAUAUUCUAGAACAUCAAAAGGGUCGCGAGCUGAGGAGCGGACCUAGAGGGGACAUGGGGCGGGGGUGCAACAUCGUGCAGCUAUGACUAAUAGUAAGGGAGAGAAAAUAGCUAUGCUUACAUGAAGUUUUACAUACUGGUUUGUUAACCCCAUGAUGGGUACUUAUUGGGAAGUUUUAUCGAGUUUGCAUCAUUGGCUCGCAAAGAUACACGCGGGUGAAUUCAUGUUGGUUUUGAUCAUUUGAUUAUGGUCCUAGCUCCGCUCCUCUAGCUCGCGGGGACUGCAGUAGUAACAUAAAGCACACAUACAUUUAUUAUAUGAUAAUUAUAAUGAUUAUACGAACGUUAAAUCGACUCAUAUUUAAGUAUUGUUUGUUACAGAUCGACGCGACGUUUUAAUAGAAAAACGGAAACGUUUAAAUUAUAAAGAACGUAGCACAAUAAAUAUCAACUCGAAUCAGAUCGUCACCGGAUCAACUCGAAACAGUAACGUAAUAUUGAAACAAAGGCGACCCCAUCCGAGUUGAUGUGUCUUGUGUGGUACAACCUUAAACGAGUAAAAAUAAAAAAAUCACGCAAUACUGAUAAGAAAGAUACGUAAUACUGUUUCUUAUUAGUCUAUAAAAUCCCUACCGAAUCAGUGUAUAGAAUAUAGGAAAUGGCUGUACUUAUUAUUUAUUUUAAAACUUUCGUGCCAAAUCAUCACAGUUUGUCCCACUUCCACAAAUAUUUGUAAUGUUUUUAACGCAUCAUAAAAUUAAUGUGUUCGAGCAGGAGUAUAUAGUACCUAAGUAGGUAUGUACUUUUACGAAUAGGUACAAUAAUUCAAAUGUUUAAUUUCUCUAGUGCCAAACUUUAACGUGGUAAAUAAUUUGUCAGAAUAUGUGAAAGCAGACCUAAAAUCUGUCUUAGGUCUAUCCUGUAAUAAUGAUGAUCGAUUUAAAUAUUUUAGUUUGAAUCGCUGAUGAGAAUCGGUCGACUGAGGACAGAAAUUGGACUGCAGAUCGACCGAGCCUCCCGCAGCGCCUUCUGUCUGUGAACCCGAGAUUUAUUUUUGUAUUCGGAAGUUUCGUAACCGACGUCACCACACGUCCUCGCGGCGCUCCGGUUUCAUUUACAACACUGACUAAGUAAAACUGAGAAGACUUCACUGCCACUAAUUUAAAAAUAAAAAUAUUGGAAACGAA